CCGAGACCCCGCCGCCGCCUUCGUCUCUUCUCCUCCCGUUUGCUCCCCCGCCACCAACGGCCGACCUUAACCCCGCGCCCGCGCCCAACCACCCCGACCGCGUUCCGGCGGUUGCUGCAACCUCCCCGCCGCCGCCGCCGCCGCCAUUCCUCCCCCCGCCCGCCGGAACCACCGCCGCCGCGCCAUGCCCAUCUCCUCCUUGUUCUUCUUCUUCCUCCUCCUGCAGCAGGAGGACCCCUACUAGAUUCUUCUUCUCCCUCUUUUGUCUUCUUUCUUGGUACGGCGGCGGAGGAGGAGCCGAUGGGCAGCCUUUGCUCCAAGGACAGCGUCGCCGAGGAGCUCACGCCGCAGCCGCCGCCGGCUGCGGCAGCGGCGGCGGCGCCCGUGGGGAGGCUGCAGAAGACGGAGAGCCAGUCGUUGAAGCAGCUCAUCACGCUCACCGCCAAGGAGGACGCCGCGGUGGUCGCCCCCGUCGUGCACGCCGUCAUCACCCGGGCGGAGUCCAACGCCAAGGCCAAGUCCAACGCCAAGGCCAAGUCCGCCGCCGCCGUGCCGCCGGUCGUCGUGAUCACGUCGCUCAACAAGUCGUACAGCACCGCGGGUGCGCCCGCACACCACCACCGGCUGUCGACCGUCGACGUCCCGCAGGUGGUCCCCGGCGGCGUGCCGCAGGGGUUCUCCGGCGAGCACGUGAUCGCCGGGUGGCCGUCGUGGCUGACCUCCGUCGCCGGCGAGGUGGUGCAGGGGUGGCUGCCGCGGCGCGCCGACACGUUCGAGCGGCUGGACAAGAUCGGGCAGGGCACGUACAGCAACGUGUACAAGGCCCGGGACCUGGAGACCGGCAAGGUCGUGGCGCUCAAGCGCGUCCGCUUCGUCAACAUGGACCCGGAGAGCGUGCGGUUCAUGGCGCGGGAGAUCCACGUCCUCCGCCGCCUCGACGGCCACCCCAACGUCGUCCGCCUCGAGGGCAUCGUCACGUCGCGCCUCUCCCACAGCCUCUACCUCGUCUUCGAGUACAUGGACCACGACCUCGCCGGCCUCGCCGCCACGCCGGGGCUGCGCUUCACGGAGCCGCAGGUGAAGUGCCUCAUGGCGCAGAUCCUCGCCGGGCUGCGCCACUGCCACGACCGGGGCGUGCUCCACCGCGACAUCAAGGGCGCCAACCUGCUGAUCGGCGGCGACGGCGCGCUCAAGAUCGCCGACUUUGGCCUCGCCACCUUCUUCGACGCCGCCAGGCCGCAGCCGCUCACCAGCCGCGUCGUCACGCUCUGGUACCGGCCGCCGGAGCUCCUCCUCGGCGCCACCGAGUACGGCGUCGCCGUCGACCUCUGGAGCACCGGCUGCAUCCUCGCCGAGCUUCUCGCCGGCAAGCCCAUCUUGCCCGGCCAAACCGAGAUCGAGCAGCUGCACAAGAUCUUCAAGCUGUGCGGGUCGCCGUCGGAGGAGUACUGGGCGAAGGCGAAGCUGCCGGACGUGACGCUGUUCAAGCCGCAGCGGCCGUACCGGCGGAAGAUCGCCGAGACGUUCAGGGACUUCUCGCCGCCGGCGCUCGACCUUCUCGACACGCUGCUCGCCAUCGAGCCGUCCGACCGGGGCACCGCCGCCGCCGCCCUCGACAGCGACUUCUUCAGGAGCAAGCCGCUGGCGUGCGACCCGGCGAGCUUGCCCAAGCUGCCGCCGAGCAAGGAGUACGACGCCAAGCUCCGCGGCAAGGAGGCCGCCAUGAGGCAAAACGCGACGGCGGCCAUCGGAGGCAAGGGCUCCAUGUCCGUCAAGCCGGGGAGGAACGAGCAGUCCAAGGCGGCGGCGCCGGCGCAGGACGCCGUUGGAGGAGAUCACCAGAGGAGGCAGGCGGCGGCGGCGGCGCGCGUGGUGAACCCGAGGAGCGCGAGCCACCACUACAGCUCGCUGGAGGACAGCGUGCCGGGGUUCCGCAUGGAGCCGCCGGCGGCCGCGGGGCCGCCGGCGGCGAUGCAGAGCGGCGGGUUCGGGUCGACGUGGUACAGGAAGGACCACGCCGCCACCGGCGACCCGCGCGCCACCACGUCACGCGCGGCCAGCGCCUCCGUCAGGGUGUCCAACUCCGUCGCCGGCGGCGCGCAGCUCACGUCGCAGCGGUCGUACGCACAUUCCCGCGGCACCGACCUCCACCCGAGCUCGUCGGCGGCGAGGCACGCCAACUCCCGCUACAACCGCCUCGACGUCGCCGAGCCCGCCAACGCGCUCGACCGGCCGGGCUCCAGCUCCACCCACCAAAAGGACCUCUCCGCCGCCGCUCCGGCCACCGGGUUCGGAGGGAGGAACAAGAGGAUCCACUACUCCGGCCCGCUGGUGCCGCCGGGCGGCAACAUGGAGGACAUGCUCCGGGAGCACGAGCGGCAGAUCCAGCAGGCGGUGCGCAAGGCGCGGGUCGACAAGGAGAGGACGAAUCACCACGGCAACAGCAGCAGCAGUAACAACAACAGGCAAUACUACUGAGCUACUUGCUGACUACUUUGGCUGGCUCACACAAAGCUAAAGGAAGAAGACGAUCGAUCGAGCUGGUGCCCAUGGCCAUGGAAGGUGCAGAUCAUCUUCCAUGGCCAUCUCAGACCACGGGCCUGACUGUCUGAUGAGAAGAUUGCAAUGCAAUGCAGGGAGAUGAUCUUCAUGGAUGGAGGAGAGUAGAAAGAAGACCUGAUGAGGUGAAGAUCUCUGAUGGAGGGUGCAGGCAGGCAGACGGCGACAGCGACGGCGGCGCGGAACUCGGGGUAUAGAUAUCUGCAAUUGAAGAGCUGGGGGGCUUUUCUUGAUCCAUGUGUAUAAAUAGCACACUGUUAGAGAGGGUUUUGGGAAGUCUGAUGAGGAGGAACAAGCCCUGUAAAAACACGGAUUGUAAAAGGCCAAAUGGAAAACUGUGUAUAUCUUGCUGAUCGAAGUGA